UAUUGAUGAACCCAUUUUGGUGGGUUAUAAGCCAUAUUACAGACCACCAGCUUAGCCGCACAAGUAUAUAAAGUCAAGGUCAGUUUACGAGCUGACAUUGUCAACGGAGAACAGCCAGAUUCAUUGCUAUUUGUUUAAGCAAUGGGUACUUUCGUUGACGAAGUCGUGCAAUGUCACAAUCUUGUACGAACAAAACAUGGCGUAAAGGAACUGAAACUCAACGCAGAUUUAACUGCCCAUGCGCAGAAAUGGGCAGACAAGCUAGCUAGUUCCGGCAAAUUUGAACAUAGCAAUUGUGACUUCAGUGGUGAAAAUGUUGGAGAAAAUAUAGCCAUGGCGUGGAAACCUGGUGGACAGACUCUAAGUGGAAAGGAAGCCUGCGAUAUGUGGUACAGUGAAAUAAGCAAAUACGAUUACAACAAAGCUGGCUUCUCAAGCGGAACGGGUCACUUCACACAAAUGGUAUGGAAGGGGAGCAAUGAACUCGGUGUCGGUAUCGCUAAGGGUGACGACGGGAAGAUAUACGUUGUAGCCAACUAUCUUCCACCAGGCAACUACACGGGGCAAUUCCAGGACAAUGUAUUUCCACCAAAAUAAGUGGUUUUGAUUUGAAUAAAUAUCGUUACAGGA